AUGGAGAAAACAAUGAACAUUGCAGUUGUUCCUGGUGUUGGCUAUAGCCACUUGGUUCCUAUUCUUCAAUUCUCAAAGCUGCUUGUUAAGCUUCACUCAUAUCUUCAUGUCACAUGUCUCAUUCCCACCCUUGGUUCUCCCCCAACUUCCUCAAAAACCAUUCUUCAAACUCUUCCAUCAAACAUCAACUACACUUUUCUUAAUCCCGUACACCCUAAGGAUCUUCUUUCACAAGGGACUACCUUAGAAACGCAACUCCAGCUCACAGUCUCUCACUCGUUGCCAUAUAUACAUCAGGCUUUGAAGUCAUUGGCUAUAAGGAUACCCCUUGUUGCUUUGAUAGUUGAUUCUUUUGCAGUUGAAGCACUAGACUUUGCUAAGGAAUUCAACUUGUUGUCCUAUAUAUACUAUCCUGGAGCAGCUACUACACUGUCUUUGAGCCUUUAUUUGCCUAAGUUGGAUGAUGAAGCAUCAUGUGAGUACAGAGAUUUAACAGGACCAAUCAAAAUACCAGGCUGCGUACCACUCCACGGGAGAGAUCUCUAUGCUCCUACUCAAGAUAGAUCGAUUCAAGCUUACAAAUUCUUACUCGAGCGUGUUAAAAAAUUCCGCUUUGUUGAUGGGAUUCUCAUUAAUAGUUUCUUAGAAAUGGAAAUUGGUCCUAUAAAAGCACUAACCGAGGAACGAAGUGACAAAUGGUUAUUCCAUCAUGGGCACCGCAGAUUCAAAUCCUUGGCCACAGAUCAGUUGGCGGGUUCUUGA